CUAAUGACAAGUUGACAACUUCCACUCCCAUUAACGUAGGUUUUUCUGUUUCGCUCUGAACCUGUUUGCUGAAAGUCCAGAAAGAAAGAAAGAAAGAAAGAAAAUGGUUGUUCUAUCAGGAUCAGUGGCCAUGGUUAAGAUUCCAGAGACUCACUUUCUUUCAGGUUCUUUAUCAAAACCAAUGGAUAAAUGCUUCUUGAAAAUCAGCUCUAGUGAAUGCUUUCCAGGUUCCUCUGUUAGGGCUAAAGCAACGCAUAAGCUACCACUUGUAGUACGAGCAAGUGGAGAUGGUGGAAGACAAAAUAGUGGAAAUAUCUUUGUUGGUGGCUUUGUAUUGGGAGGACUGGUUGUUGGAGCAUUAGGUUGUCUAUAUGCACCUCAGAUAAGCAGGGCACUAGCUGCAGCUGACAGUACAGAAAUCAUGAAGAAACUUCCGAAAUUUAUGUACGAUGAAGAAAAAGCUCUUGAGAGGACUCGCAAGGUGCUGUCGGAGAAAAUAGCCGAGCUGAAUUCUGCCAUUGAUGGUGUUUCUGCACAGUUGAGGUCAGAUGAACCCACGGAAACAGACGGCUACGUCGCAAGGUCAGAGGAAGUUGAAUCAUCUGUAUAAUGGAUGAAUUAUUAGUGAUUAGACCAUAUAUUAUUAGAUUUAAUCACAAACUAUCGUAUUCUUUUAAUGAUCUCGAAACAUUAUCAUCAAGUACUGGAUUUUAAUGUUUUAUUAGUGAAUUUUGCUUAUCAUAAUCAAGUAAUCAACUAUUUCUUUUCCCUCUGGUUGAUUAACUUUGCAUCACCAAUAAAGCAUGGUUCUUGCUGAACUUAGGUUGAAUGGCACAACUAAGAACAUUAAAAUGAUGACUCCAUAUUACAUUUGCAUUAUUGAAUCCCUUCAGGUACAUGUUGUGUAGGAUCUGAAGUUGAUCCUACAUAGUAUGUUCCAAACAUAAGGUUGGGAUUCAUGCAUAGGUGUUGAAUUUCCCACAAGGUGAUUCAACAUCAAUUCAGUUUUCAUGGUUGGUUUGGUGCAUAAUUUUAAUGUCAAUGUGAUUUAAAUCUUGAAUUGAUAUUUGUGGGGGAGUCUCAUUUAACUUUUUUUUAGUGGU